GUGCCUCCCGAGCAGGAAGCUCGCGCCGCCGCCGCUCGGCACCCGGCGCGUCCAGGACCCGCUGCGCCAGGCGCGCCAUCCCCGGAGCCGGCGUGCUUGCCACGAGGAGAGGGACCCCGCCGAUCGCGCUUCCUCCCGUCCCGGCGUCCUGCCGCCGUCGCCGCCCCCGGCGAGGGCCCGCGGAGCCGGCGCCCCUGCCUCUGCCCCCAGCCCCGCGACCCUCCCGCCGUGCCGAGCGCCAUGGACGCCCCGGGGCCACAGCCCGACCCCGACGGCGGGGACGCCCCAGGCCGCGAGCCCGGGGGCAGCCCCCAGGACGAGUUCGACUUCUCCAUCCUCUUCGACUAUGACUAUCUGAAUCCCAUCCCAGAAGAACCGAAUGCACAUAAGGUCGUCAGCCCACACUCCGGAAUCUACCCCGAUGAUGUCCCGGACUAUGGCCCCAAGCCCUACAGCCCCCUGGCCAGUUUCCCUGGCGAGCCCCCCGGCCGAUUCGGAGAGCCGGAUAGGGUAGGGCCCCAGAACUUUCUGAGCCCGGCCAAGCCAGCGGGGGCCUCGGGCCUGAGCCCUCGGAUCGAGAUCACUCCGUCCCACGAACUGAUCCAGGCAGGGGGGCCCCUCCGCGCGAGGGACGCCGGCGCCCCGGUGGAGCCGCCGGCCGCCGGCCCGAGGUUCACGCUGCCCGUGCCCGGCUUCGAGGGCUACCGCGAGCCGCUUUGCUUGAGCCCCGCUAGCAGCGGCUCCUCUGCCAGCUUCAUUUCCGACACCUUCUCCCCCUACACCUCGCCCUGCGUCUCGCCCAAUAACGGCGGGCCCGACGACCUGUGUCCGCAGUUUCAAAACAUCCCUGCUCAUUAUUCCCCCAGAACCUCGCCAAUAAUGUCACCUCGAACCAGCCUCGCCGAGGACAGCUGCCUGGGCCGCCACUCGCCCGUGCCCCGUCCGGCCUCGCGCUCCUCGUCGCCCGGCGCCAAGCGGAGGCACUCGUGCGCCGAGGCCCUGGUCGCCCCGCGGCCCGCAGCCUCGCCCGAGCGCUCGCGGAGCCCCUCGCCGCAGCCCCCGCGCGCGGCGCCCCGGGACGGCGGCCCCCUCGGCCCCGCGGCCGGCCCCGCCGUGCUCAUGGACGCGCUCAGCAGCCUGGCCGCGGACUCGCCCUGCGGGAUCCCCCCCAAGAUGUGGAAGACCAGCCCCGACCCCGCGCCCAUGCCGGCCGCCCCCGCCAAGGCCGGCCUGCAGCGCCACCUCUACCCGGCCGUGGAGUUCCUGGGGCCCUGUGAGCAGGAGGAGCGGCGCAACUCGGCCCCCGAGUCCAUCCUGCUGGUGCCGCCAACCUGGCCCAAGCAGCUGGUGCCGGCCAUCCCCAUCUGCAGCAUCCCAGUGACUGCGUCCCUCCCACCCCUUGAGUGGCCACUCUCCAAUCAGUCGGGCUCCUAUGAGCUGCGGAUUGAGGUGCAGCCCAAGCCACAUCACCGGGCCCACUAUGAGACGGAGGGCAGCCGAGGGGCGGUCAAAGCCCCCACGGGAGGCCACCCUGUGGUUCAGCUCCACGGCUACAUGGAGAAUAAGCCUCUGGGGCUGCAGAUCUUCAUCGGGACGGCCGACGAGCGGAUCCUUAAGCCGCAUGCCUUCUACCAGGUGCACCGGAUCACGGGGAAAACCGUCACCACCACCAGCUACGAGAAGAUCGUGGGCAACACCAAAGUCCUGGAGAUUCCCCUGGAGCCCAAGAACAACAUGCGGGCAACCAUCGACUGCGCAGGGAUCCUGAAGCUCCGGAAUGCGGACAUCGAGCUGCGCAAGGGCGAGACGGACAUCGGCAGGAAGAACACGCGCGUGCGCCUGGUGUUCCGCGUGCACAUCCCCGAGGCCAGCGGCCGGAUCGUCUCCUUGCAGACGGCGUCCAACCCCAUCGAGUGCUCCCAGCGGUCCGCCCACGAGCUGCCCAUGGUGGAGCGGCAGGACAUCGACAGCUGCCUGGUCUACGGGGGCCAGCAGAUGAUCCUCACGGGGCAGAACUUCACGGCGGAGUCCAAGGUGGUGUUCACGGAGAAGACCACAGAUGGGCAGCAAGUCUGGGAGAUGGAAGCCACGGUGGAUAAAGACAAGAGCCAGCCCAAUAUGCUUUUUGUGGAGAUCCCCGAGUACCGGAACAAGCAUAUCCGCACUUCCGUGAAGGUGAACUUCUACGUCAUCAAUGGGAAAAGGAAACGAAGCCAGCCUCAGCACUUCACCUACCACCCAGUCCCGGCCAUCAAGACGGAGCCCACCGAUGAGUAUGACCCCUCUCUGAUCUGCAGCCCCGCCCCCGGGGGCCUGGGGAGCCAGCCGUAUUAUCCACAGCACCCGAUGGUGGCCGAGUCCCCCUCCUGCCUCGUGGCCACCAUGGCUCCCUGCCAGCAGUUCCGCUCAGGGCUCUCGUCUCCCGACGCCCGCUACCAGCAGCAGAACCCCGCGGCCGUCCUCUACCAGCGGAGCAAGAGCCUGAGUCCCGGCCUGCUGGGCUACCAGCAGCCGGCCCUCAUGGCCUCACCCCUGUCCCUCGCCGACGCCCACCGCUCGGUGCUGGUGCACGCCGGGUCCCCGGGGCAGGGCUCGGCCCUGCUCCACCCCUCCCCGGCCACCCAGCAGGCACCCCCGGUGAUCCACUACUCGCCCACCAACCAGCCGCUGCGCUGCGGGAGCCACCAGGAGUUCCAGCACAUCAUGUACUGCGAGAACUUCCCACCAGGCGCCGCCCGGCCUGGCCCGCCUCCUGCCAGUCAAGGGCAGAGGCUGAGCCCCGGUUCCUACCCCACGGUCAUCCAGCAGCAGAAUGCCACAAGCCAAAGAGCCGCCAAAAACGGACCCCCAGUCAGUGACCCAAAGGAAGGAUUACCCGCGGGGGUGACGAUCAAGCAGGAGCAGAACUUGGACCAGACCUACUUGGAUGAUGUCAAUGAAAUUAUCAGGAAGGAGUUUUCAGGACCUCCCGCCAGAAAUCAGACGUAGACGCAGCCACCGCAGCAAGACGCUUCCAGCCGGAGCCGCUCGGAGCCUCGCCUUCUGUCUCUCUCUGCACCUCCCGGCCAGGGGCCACGUGGGAAUCGCGCCCGGCCAGUGACUGGCACAGGGGCUCCCCGCCUGACUCUGGAAACACCAGCGCACCUCUUUUGAAUUUUAAGUCCCAAAGAGCAUCCUGGUCGAUCUUCACGGUGACCCAUCAAGUGCCUGCUGACCAAAACCACCUUCUGAACGCUAGAACUUGCCUGAGACCUGAGUGACCGGAGCUUGAGGGGAAGGGCUGGGGACAGAGGUGGGCACCGGUGGAACCCCGGCCCCUGCGUUCAUUUUUCCAGGAAACAGCUCCUGUCCCUUUGGAGGGAGACAGGUUCUCCGAGAAGUCAAAGGAAUGUGGCCUGAGUCUGGCUGACCCUGAAGCACCCACACCCCCGUAGCAGAGCCGGAGAUGGGACCGCCGUCCUCAGAACUUGCCUCACGUCUGGGCCACAGCGAGAGCUUUAUUUUGGAAUUUUCUCCUUCCAAAACAAACCACCUUGCCCAGACAAGAUCACCAGUCACAACUUCUCGGUGUUGUGACGUGUACAUGUUUGUUAUUACUUUUUUCUCAGUUUCAAAGAGCUGGCCAGGGAGGCUGGAGGCCGAGCCUCCCUGGCCAGCAGCUCUCCACCCUUGCUGCCCAUGACCAGUGCUGAUGCCGAGUGUCCCGGAUGGGGAGCUGCCGGGCCUGCUGCCGCCGUCUACCCUCUGCUCUGGAGACCCCUCCUCUGUCUUCCUACCAGCCCCUGCACUUCUCAGUGAAGUAAUCAGGGAGACCCUCCAGGCUGUGGACUGAGUGCUGAGGAAGAGGCAGAAGGGCUAAAGCAGCCAGAAGCAAGGCGCAGGAUUUUUGUUCAAGACACCCAAGCACAAGAUGAAGCAGAAGGGUCGAAUUCCCUCUGUCCAAAACUUAGAGUGAAACGGGGAGCCUCAGGCUCUGGCUCCACAGGUCAUUGGCGAUUUUUACCUGAGUCCAUUUAAAGCUCCUCUUGUCCCCACAGUGCUGGCCGGGAGCCCCGUCUGCAUUAGCAGAGCGUCCCAACGGCAGCAGGCCUGUGAUCCCCAGUGCUUCCCUCUGCAGGGCACAAGCGGGGCCCUGCAUGGGGUUCCUCCACGGCUGCAGCUUUUGCAAACGAAACCCUCAGCUUUCUUGGCGGGUGUUUAUCACACAAAUGUGUAUGCUUGCAUUUAUUGCAGGCACCCAGGGCAAGCUGGGUCUUCACUCUCGGCCAUUCAGUUGCUUCCCUGGCCAUCAACCACGAAGUGGGAAGUAUCCUCAGCACUCUUCAAAAGACUGUGCUCAGAGGGUUUUCUCAGUCCAGUCUGCCAGGGAAGGCCUGGGAAGAAAGCACAGCUGUUAAACGGCCCUGGGAUUUUCUAAGUCCCUGCUGUCUUGUCAAGGUUAGCCACGGGUAAGCCUUCCUGAGCGUGGCCAGGUGUGGCUGGUCCUCCCCACAGAGGACCAAAUGCCCAGUCUGUGCUGUGCACCCAGGGGUGUGUAACUUCUGGGUCUCCUGCGAGCAGCAGACCUGUUCGCCCACUGCCUGCAGAAUUGGACAGAACUCCCUUUGAACACACAGAAUGCCGGUAAGAAGCCGAGGGCUGCCCCAGAGCUUCCACCAUGCUAAAUUCUUCCUCCAUAACACAGAAAGUCCUUCUAGCAGCUUUAGCUAGAGAAUUCCCUCUCCAGCAGUACUCACUCCGCCAGGGCAGAGUUACAAGGGCCGGGUAAGUGAUAGCCUGUCACUUGACCUGGCUGGGAGCCAUUUUUCUCUCAUGAGGGAAUCGGGCCUUUCAUCAGUUGUCUGAAUGUUCUACCCAAGUGCCUUCCUGUCAUUGUCACAAAGGAGCUCGGCUUCACCGUCCGCGGGUGAGAGAACGAAUGCAUUUUCCAUUGACCUUCUCGCCACGAGCGCGAAAAGGGCUUCCAGGAAGCUCAGACAUGCGUGUGUGCGUGGUGCGCGCGUCAACCCCUCUUUCUCAGAGACAGCUGGACACGAAGCAUUUUCUUAGCAACUGUACCAAACAGGAAAGGAAAGGGAAGUGUUCGUGUAGAGACACAAGCAGGCCAGAGAAAGUGUAUCCGGAACCGGCGACUUCAAAGGUGGUGUCCGUCGUAAACGCCAGGAGGAAACUUGGCCAGGAGCGAAGCGCUCGUGAAACAUUUUCAGCAGGAAAAGAGGCAGUAAGAUCCUCUAAAAGGAGGAGAAAGUAAGGGCGCCUCCGUGGGAAAGAUGGCAUGUGGCAGGUGUCAGAGGGACCCCAGGCAAGUCGAGGUGUGUACGUGCUGCAUCUUGUUCACGCACGUUACGUCGCGCUGCAAAUCUGCCGAGUUGCUGAACGUACUGUUUGUCUAAAGUUUGCAAGUCUUCCUGCAUUAUCCAAAAAUACUGCUGCUUGAUAAUAUAUACAGCAAUCCAGAUUAAUUAGUAUGUUAUUAAAUUUUAUUUUCUUACCUGUAUUUUUAUGCUUUUUUAUCUGCCCUCAAAAUAUUGCACCCCUGAAUUAGAAAAUAUUUAUAAACGGUCUGAAAUCCUUUUAAGUGUCUCUUUUUACAUAUAUGUUGAUUUUUUUUUUCUUUAAGAGAAAUGAUGUAUUCUUGAAAAAUUUUGUAAAUCAUUCCAGGAAACAAACCAAAAACCCUACUUCUGGGCCUUUGGGGCACACAUGUAGCAGGAGCCAGCACCUCAGCACGAGAAAGGGGACAAUUCUGUGGACGAAGAACCCAUCCUUCACUUGGCUGAGACUGGUGCUUGCUUUCUCGAGGCCUGAGCCUGGGUUUUGUCACUGAGAACUGUAAAUAAAUGAUCUAGAAGGCAAUUUUGACUUUAAAGCAACAACAGACCCCCUGCUUUGCACCGUCACGGAAUUCAGAGAGUUCCUACUGAUGGGACCCCACAUACAGGCUGAUCUGGAGAGAGUGGACCAAACCGGAGUCCUGGGAGGUGACCCUGUGUGCACUGUCCAAGGACCUCCUCGGUUUUCCCACUGACGUAGCCAAGGAUGAGUGGAUCCGGCUCCCUCCAGGAACGUCGGAGCACCGGCCACUGCUGCAGACCUGCAUCCAGUAGCCAAGACAUGUCUCUCAGCAGGCCAGCCUCCGCCAGGGCUGGAGCUAUCCCACGGGCAGAUGGGAAGCUGAUGUGUUCUAAGCGUCACUUGGGACUGAAGGAGGCUGAAUCUGCUUAUUUUCAUGUCACAAAAACCACUUUCCCCCUGCUUCUGAUUGUUUGGAACUGGAGACCAUCAGGGGUCCACUUAGCAAGCGUGCUCAUUCCUCAUUUACGAGACGCACGGGGGUUGUGACGUUCUUGACAAGACGGGUAACCAUUCCCGAACUCAUUUUUCUGGAGGGAUAGCCCUUGAGGGACCUGUCGCAUCUUGAUCUCGGGUCUCCCAAGUGGGAGUUUCCCUGCAUUCCAACCAAGUGCCUGAAGGAAGCAGGAUCCGACCAGGACGGCAAAACUCAGCUUCCCUCCGCUCGCCCAGGGCCCUCGAGUGAUAGCCAACGUCACCGUCUUAGUUCACUUUGUUAAAAAACAACAUCAACAAAACACCCUGAUGAUUGGUGAGCGGGGUGCUUCCCAAGCAAGCCCCUCCAAAACUGCAGUGGGGUCCUGGGGGCUGCGGGGUCUGGUUAGCUUCGUUCUCAUGCAGCCACGUGCAGGCCAAGCUCCCCUGCCAGGUCAGGUCGGGUCGGGUGAGCGCAGAUGGUGCUGCCCGCGUGUGAGCAGGAGCUCCCAGCGCUCCCGCCGGCCUGGGCAGAUGUGGCCACGGGCCGCCCGUCCAGCCUCCGGACACCCUGGCAGGGCAGCUCCCUCACCACCAUGGCUUCUGCAGCGCUCAGAGGGGAGAAGGUGUCGGGUGGAAACGGGGUUCUCCAGCAGUGCGGGACUGGCAGGUUAGAGAAUCCCCAUGGGUCGAGGGGUUGAAUACAUCACAUUCCUAUGCAAAAUGGUUUUUAAUCUGCAGUUUAAUGUAGUUUAUUUUUGCUAUAUGUAAAGUAUUUUUAUACGGCUUGUAUUAUGAUAGUUUAGCAAUAAAAUGGUUGAGAGCAGCA